UCGAAUCAGUUUCGCUUUAGACAGCUUUGUGCAGAGUUGUGUUUUUAAGUAAAUAAAUACUAUCCCUCAAUCGAAAUGUGGAAGAAAGUGCUUAUCUGUGUGGUCCUUGUGGCCUUUGUGGGCGUGCAGUUUGCCAACUCGCUGACCUGCACCAAAUGCACCACCCCCUCCGGAUGCAAAAGUCCUUCGUCGGAAACCUGCUCGAAUUCUACGGCAAAUGCCAAUAGGGUUCAUUUGGAAUCGUACCACAGUAAUGUGCCCACCGUCAAUGGCAGUCUGAACUUCGCUUGUGCCAAUCUCACCUACUACCAUGCAGCAAACUACUCCCACACGUCUGAGUUCCUGGGCUGCGUCUUCAAUGAGACUAAGGUGUGCGAUCUUACUUUGACAAACACCGCGAGUGGAUGGUCCAAGAAAUGCCUUCAAUGCGGCACAGAUUACUGCAAUCCUGCGGGAACUUUCAGCGGAAGUGCCUAUACCAUCGUAGGAUCGGUGAUCGCCGUGCUCCUGGCCAAGGUCCUCAGCUAGACCCAUGAUUUUAUUGGGAAGCAAAUGCAUUACUUACACUUAAUUCCAAUUGUAUAAUAUUUAUUUUCGAUAUGGCUAAUUAAAACAAAAUUUUAUUAUAAAACUAAAAUGGUUAACAAUAAUGGUCUUUGUUAUAAAGAAGGCAAGAAUAAAGAGUGAGUUUAAUCAUGUAAAAUCUA